AGCAUCGUCAACAUUUCCAAAAAUGAGAUAAAACGGCGAUGGAAAAAUCCACCGUAAGUCAAGAGUUUUUUUCUCAGCGCAGUGUCCGUCGUAAGCUAAUCCUCGAACCCGACCUCGCUCUCUCCUCCCAUGGCUGCCACGCUUUCCUUCUCUCUCUCCUUAGACCCCCACCACCACCACCACCUCCACCACCGCAAAGCUCUCCACUUUCUCCAUUUCCCGUCCUCCGCGCCCCCCGGUCUCCGACACCCACCUCUCGGUUUCCGAAAAUCCGACCGCUCCGCCUUCGCGGCCUCGUUCUCGUCCCCUCAGCCCUCCCCUCCGGCCACCGCGUCGACCGGGACGACCCCCUCCGCUCCGUUCCUCGACGACCCGUACCGGACCGGGAGGUUCUUGACCGACGAGGAGUUCGACAGGCUCCGGUCCCUCGAGGGCUUCGCGUACGACCGGGAGCUGCGAUCCGGGUCGCUGCGGGUCCGGGUCAUGAGGGCCGAGGAGAUGGACGAGACCGUGGGGCUGCUCGCCGAGUCGUUCGCGGAGUCGAUGCUGCUGCCCGGCGGGUACGUGUCGCUGCUGCGGUUCCUGGUGAAGCAGUACUUGAUCGAGCGGCGGGGCGUGAUGCCGCACGCCGCGACGCUCGUUGGGUUUUAUAAGGGCGGGGAGGGCGAGGAGGAGUUGGCCGGAACCGUGGAGGUGUGCUUCGACAAGAGAGGCACCAACGCUUCGCCGCCGACGCCGACGCCUCCACGAAACUCUCCAUAUAUCUGCAACAUGACCGUCAAAGAGCAGCUCAGGAGGAGAGGUAUCGGCUGGCAUCUAUUGAAGGCUAGUGAGGAACUUAUUUCCCAAAUGUGUUCCUCAGGAGAGGUGUAUUUGCACUGCAGAAUGAUUGAUCUUGCUCCAUUCAACAUGUAUACAAAAGCAGGUUACAGAAUCGUUAAGACAGACAAUGUUCUGGUCCUGUUGACACUUCAAAGACGCAAGCACUUGAUGUGCAAGAAACUUCCAGUACUACAUAGUCCUUCAGAAUCAGAUGAGUCGGGCCCUGACCAAGAACAGACCUCUUGAAUGCAUGUUGAGGUUCCCAUUUGGCAAAUAUUCAUACACCAAGAACCUCUGCUUUCCAUCAGCACAAUAGCCGAUUAAUGACACCAGGUUGGGGUGAUCGAGGCGGCUCAAGAUAUCAACUUCCACCCGGAACUCCCGUUCUCCAUCAGCUUCUUUAGAUGGUGGCAGCUCCAUUUUCUUGAUGGCAACCACCUUCAGGUCCAAAUUAAAUAGAAGAUAAUCAUAAUAUGUUUCAACAAGAAUUCAGGGGAUCAAAUAGGUCCUGUAGGAGAUCUCUAGGAGAUCUCUUUAACUAGAAAAGGGCACGAGAGCGAGAGCCUGUGCAGGGAAGCAUUCAUUUGUUAUUUGUUUACAAGUAAUCGUAAUCCAUUGCUUUAUUGAUCCUGAAUAGCUUAAUUCACAUAACACGAGAUGAGAA